AUGGUUCUGUUGAAUAGGAUUUCUGAUGCUUUACAAGUGAUUGAAUCCAAGAAAUGUGGCCUCAGAAAAGCACUUUUAACAUUGUUGUUAGAGUGGAAAGAUUUUGAACAACACUUAGAUUUGAGCCAAACAUGUUUUCAAGAAUGUUUUGCCGAGCUGGAAUCCAGGGAGAAGCAUCUGUGUUCUAUUCAAGAAUCAGUAAGUGAGAGCUCAAAGGAACUUGAAUUAAUAAGAGAAUCACUAAACUUGAAGCGCAAACAAGUUGAGGAUAAAGAAACCGAGAUUUUAGAAUAUGUUGAAAACUUGAAACUAAGGGAGCACAAAUUCAGUGUCGUUCAAGAGGAGGCUGUCAAACAACUUCAUCUCAGAGAGGAGGAAUUGGACGAGAAAGAGAAUUUGAUUCGACGUAUUUUCGCCAAAGUGAGAUAUGAGCAACAAAAAUUUGAGAAUGUGAUUGACAAAAGGCUUAAGGAGAUUGCUAUCAAAGAAGACAAGUUGAAGCAACAAGGCUGCAGUUAA